AUGAACUUCUCGAUACACCACGUUGUACUUGUUUUAACUUUGUGCGUAAACGUGGUAAUUACGCACGAGUACAGAGCGCAUCUAGGAGACAAACUACAUCUGCAGAGGGUAAAACGACAAAGUAAACCAGCCAAACCAGUGUUAAAGGUCACAGACUACCACGUACGCUGCUCGGUGGUGUCUCGUUAUGCUGUGACCAGGAUCCAGAGCUCAGUGUGGAACCAGCUCUCCACCACCAAAGAGGCCGCCUUUGAGGUGGACCUGCCCUCCGCUGCAUUCAUCUCCAACUUCACCAUAACGUCCAAUGGAAGAGUCUAUGUGGCACAGGUCAAAGAGCGAGCGGCUGCCAGGAAAAUCUACGACGCAGCGAAGAAGCAGGGCCGAACCGCCGGGCUCGUGGCCACCAAAGAGAGGGAGAUAGAGCGUUUCCGUGUGGCUGUGAGUGCGCCCCCUGGUGUCCGCCUGUCAUUCUGCCUGACGUACGAGGAGCUGUUGUUGCGCAGACUGGGCAGAUAUGAGUUGAGUUUGGGGCUAAGGCCGGGGCAGACGGUGCAGAACCUGACGGUGGAAGUGAUGGUGUCUGAGCGAACGGAGCUCAGUUUCAUCAGAGUGCUGCCUCUGAAGACCAGCAGACUCAUCAACAACGCUCACGGUGAUGGGGACCCUCCUCCCUCCACUCUGAUCGAAAAGACUCCUCACUGUGCUCGUGUCUACUACAGCCCCAGUGUCCAGCAGCAGACCAGCGUCUCAGCUCAGGGCAUCAACGCUGACUUCAUCCUCCAAUACGACGUGGAGCUGAGGGACAUCAUGGGAGACAUACAGGUUUACGAUGGAUACUUUGUGCACUACUUUGCUCCCAGAGGUCUCCCUGUCGUCCCGAAAGAUGUGAUAUUUGUCAUUGACAUCAGUGGCUCAAUGAUCGGCACCAAGAUAAAGCAGACGAAGCAGGCAAUGAGCACCAUCCUGGGCGACCUGAGGGAGGGAGAUCACUUUAACAUCAUCACAUUUUCAGACCGGGUCCAGACCUGGAAGAAAGGCCGGACUGUGCGAGCCACGCGUCAAAACGUAAGAGAUGCCAAAGAAUUCAUCAAGAGGAUCAGCGCCGAAGGAUGGACGAACAUAAAUGCCGCUCUGCUUUCUGCUGCUCAGCUCGUAAGCCCGCUGUCUACUUCAUCCUCCUCUCGACGCGUUCCUUUGGUCAUUUUCCUCACCGAUGGCGAAGCUACAAUUGGAGUUACAGCUAGCGAUACCAUCCUCAAUAACGCAAAAAAGGCGCUUGGUUCUGCCUCAUUAUUUGGACUUGCGUUUGGUGAUGACGCCGAUUUCCUUUUGCUAAAACGCCUUGCUCUGGAUAACCGUGGUGUUGCUAGGAUGGUGUACGAGGACGCCGACGCAGCAUUGCAACUCAAAGGAUUCUAUGAUGAAGUCGCUAGCCCCUUGCUGUCGGACAUUCAGCUAACCUACUUAGAUGAACAAGCUUUUGACGUGACCUGCUCGCUAUUUCCCAAUUAUUUCCAAGGAUCAGAGCUAGUGGUAGCCGGAAGGGUCAAACCGGGCGUGAAGGAUUUUAAGGUCGCAUUGAGUGCAGUUGAUUCGAAGCAACGUGUUAAGUUUGAAAAUGAUGUUUUGAUUUCAGGUUUGCAAGAGAAUAACAGUUUUGAUGGGUGUGUAGCAGAUGUAGAAGGGAUGUCCACCUUUGUAAACCGCUUAUGGGCGUAUUCCACUAUCAAAGAACUGCUUCUGGCUAAAUUAAACGCUACAGAUCCUUCCAUGCAAAGGUUAUUAGCAGACAAAGCCACCAAUCUCUCACUUAAAUAUAACUUUGUAACAGCGCUUACCUCUUUAGUUGUGGUCAAACCCGAUGAAGACGUCAGUCCAACUACAGAAAAAACAACCACUUCACCAGCUACUAUUACUACAACAGCAACAACUUUAGCGGCUCCAAAAAUAUCCAAAAAUUUAAAUGUCAUCAAACAAAACAAAACUAAACCUGAACCCCCUAAACCACCUCCAGUCCCACUCAAAAAGACAACAACUCCGAGUGUUAAAAUUCCUAGGAAAACCACGACAACCGCCAGUCCGGGCUUAACAAAAACUAACCCGGCUGGAAUUUUAGCAAGAAAACCCAUGGCUCCUAACCAAAACAUCUCUAAAAUUGCAUCUCCUCCACCACUGCCUGCUGGGAAGAUAUCUACAUCAAUUCUCAACGCGCUAAAAACAGCACUACCACCCGCUCCAGGGAAAAUUUCAACCACAACCCAUGCAAAUACAGUGGCUACGUCUGUGCUAAAUGCUAACGCUGUAACACAAGCUCUUUCUACAGGCAAAACGGACCCCAAAAUUACUACUACUACUACUACUACUACUACUUUACCUCCUGCGAAAGUUACCGUCCUCCCCAUCGGGUUCAUACACAAUAACUUUACAGGCUCUAUGAAUGAACAGGAGUUGGUAACUGUGACGUCCUUACCUCAGUCGGUUACUCCUCUCAUCUCUUCUUCCAUGAAUCCUGUUCAAGACGCAACAAAUAAUGGUAAUAGUGACAAUACAGAGGAGGAUAUGACUAUAGCUACUCUGAUAUCGGCCACUUUCGCCCCCAUGCCCGGAGUGCCAGAUGGGGCCAAACCAUGGGAGGCGACAGGGGGGCUUCUGGAUGUCUCUACCUCCAUUCAAGUCCAGAGAAAAGAUAUUGAUCUUGAUAAAGACUAUGAUGCCACCUACGAUUACGACUACAACCUCAACUAUGAUCCCUGGGAUGACACUGAUACAGAUUCAUCAUUUGAUAUAUACAAUGAGAAUAAUAUUACAUCAUUGUUUUGCUUGUUUUUAGAUUCCCAGUCUCGCCUCAGCACAGUCAGAGUUUUCUCUUCAUCAGUGGAUGGGGAUCCUCAUUUUGUGCUGCAGCUCCCUAAACUUCACGAGAGCCUCUGUUUCACUGUGGAUGGUCGAGCCAAAGACGUGCUCAGGCUGCUGGAGGACCCAGACAGAGGUAUAAUUGUUGAUGGUCACCUGGUUGGUGCACCUUCUAAACCUGGAGCAGAGGACCGCCCCAGGACGUACUUUGACCGCCUCGUCAUCGCCAUGUCAACGGGAGGGUCAGCUGACAUCCUCAUCAGCGUCUCAUUGGACAGUGUGGUGCUGGAGGGCGAGGGGCGGGACAAGCUGCCUGUCAAUCAGCAGGGCUCCAUCACACGACAGGAAGUGACCGUUACCGUGGACAACCAUCACAGCUGCUGGAUCGAGCUGAGCCGAAACGUGCGCUUUCUGGUUCUGUUUCAUUACUACAAACACCCCAGCUACCUGCAGAUGGCGCACUUGGGCUUCUACAUCACCAACGGACAAGGGCUCUCCCACAACACGCAAGGCCUGCUGGGACAAUUCCAGCACACAGACAUGACUGUCACCAGACUGAAGAACCACCAGGAGGCUAAUGCUAACACUAACCGCUCCAACCCCAAAGACCCCACAGUGUCCAGGGGCGUUCUGCGGUGGGGACAGCAGCACAUGAGGGUCACUCUGCAGGACAAAACUCUGAAAGACUCGGUCCAGAGACGACACUCGGGAAAGUGCUGGGUGGUCCCGAAGGCCGAGGUGGAGAGGCUGCUGGGGCAUCCAUACGAGAGCUAUGUAGUGGAUCACGUUUAGUUUACGUA